GCUUUCACUAAUAGUGUUUAGCGAUACAAAUUUUCAAAAUUUCCGAUAAAAUAGUAAUUAUUUUAUCAAAAAUCAAUCGUUAAUAGCUUUCUGUUUACCCCCCUUCAAUUCUUUGCCGAAAAGAUUAGGGAAUUUCCGCUAGGGCUUUCGAAAUUCGAGGAACCGUGAAGGAGCAACGGAAGAUUGUGGCAAUUAAACGAAGGGAAGUAAAUUUGGCUAAGAUUUUGGAAAAGAGUGAUAGGUUUGCAGGAGGUACUAUUUGAACCAUAUGAGCCUCUCGGUGAAUCCAAGGGUUCUGGUAGCUCAGGACGAAGUUGAUAUGUAAGUUACUGCUUCAGAAGAUUCAAGUGCCCCAACAAGGAAAUGUAUCAGUUUGACUCUGAUAAACAUGACACUUUUAAAAAUGACACUUUUGGUGUUCCUAUACAAGUGCUUACCCUUUCAAACAUGUCACAUUCUAAAAGAAAGGAUUUGGUACAUUGUUUGAGGCAUGAACUGGAGCAGAUACAGAUGCUUCAGAAGAAAGUUGAGUUGAUAAGGACCGAUGGGGUUGCUGUGUCAUCCUCCAGUGAUAUUCUUAGUUGCAGCAAUGGGCAAUGCUUACCUUUUGUUAAGGAUAUUCAGAAACUGCCCAUGAUGGCUUCUGAACCGGGGAAGAAGAAUCGGGGUUCUUCAGGAAAAGUUAAGACUGCAAAGCAGGUUUUAGAAGCAAACACAACAAGUAUUUUCUUGAUGAAGCAAUGUGAGGGUUUGCUGAAACGGUUGAUGGGACAUCAAUAUGGGUGGGUUUUCAAUGAACCUGUAGAUGUAGUGAAGUUGAAUAUUCCUGAUUACUUCAAUGUUAUAAAGCACCCAAUGGAUCUAGGAAAAAUUAAAAAGAAGAUAGAUUCAGGCGGAUAUGCAAGCCCCUGGGAGUUUUAUGAUGAUGUGAGGCUUACUUUCAGCAAUGCAAUGACCUAUAACCCCCCUGGAAAUGAUGUCCAUGUUAUGGCUGAUGCCCUUAACAAAUUUUUUGAAGUCAGGUGGAAAAAUAUUGAGAAGAAGUUGCCUGCUGUUGCUACCCAGUUGAUUCAAAGUAAAGCUCCUGCUGAGGAUGUAGAAACUUCUAAGACAAUACUUCCUGCUAAAAAGAGGAAGACGAUCUCUGUCACCCAACAUGUUAUACCUGACCCUGUGAAGAGAAUGACGGAUGAGGAAAAACACAAGCUACGCGUGGAGUUGGAAUCUUUACUCACAGAAAUGCCUAUGCAUAUAAUUGAUUUCUUGAGGGAGCAUAGUUCAAAUGGAAGGGAUUCAGAAGAGGAAGAAAUUGAGAUUGAUAUUGAUGACCUCAGUGAUAAUACCUUGUUCAUAUUGCAGAAGCUUUUAGAUGACUAUUUGCAAGAGAAACAAAAUUGCAAAUCAAGAGCUGAACCUUGUGAAAUUCAGCUAAUGAACAAAUCUGGACUGCACAGUUCACCCAUGCAACAAGGCAGAGGGGAUGAUCAGGCUGAUGUUGUUGUUGAUGCUGGGGGAAAUGAGCCUCCUGUGUCAAGCUAUCCACGUAAGGAGAUAGAGGAGGCAGACCUUAGAAGCAUCAAGUCUGCUGGGUCUGGCAGCUCCAGAGAUUCAGAAUCUGGCAGUUCUGACGAUGAAGCUGUUGCUACUAAAGCUUCUAGUCCGGUACUGGGUGCUGUAGAUUCCGGAACCCAAUUUGAUGAAAAAACGAGUGUUAACAACCCUCUUGAUAGGAAUCAAGAUGUUCAUUUCAAUCAGCUUGAGCAGACUUCUCAGGCAAAGUCAAGUUCUGUCGAGUCAGAUUGUCACCAAGAUAGGGAGAGUGCUCCAGUUGAGAGACAGGUGUCCCCUGAGAAACUCUACCGGGCUGCUAUAUUGAAGAAUCAAUUUGCUGAUACCAUUCUAAAAGCUCGAGAGAAGACGCAUACUGCACAGGGUGAGAAUGUGGAUCCUGAACAACUGCGCCGUGAGAGAGAAGAACUUGAGCAUCAAAGUAAGAAAGAUGAGGCACAGUUGCUAGCCGAAGCCAAGGCUGCUGAAGAUGCUCAAGGACGAGCCGAAACCCAAGCUGCAGCUGAGGCCAGACGGAAAAGGGAGCUUGAGAGGGAUGCCGCACGGCAGGCAUUGUUGAAGAUGGAAAAGACUGUUGAAAUCAAUGAGAAUUCCAGGUUUCUCAAAGACUUAGAAGUGCUUAGAGCUGCCCCUGCUGAGAAUCUGCAUGGCUCAGUCGACGAAACAAGCCCAGAACAUUCUCAGGGUGGCUUGGGUAGUUUUAAGCUCGGGAGCAACAACCCAUUGGAACAACUUGGUUUGUACAUGAAGAAGGAUGAAGAGGAAGAAGGUGAACCGCCUACCGUUCCAAAGCCCGUAAAUAAUCCGGAGGAUGGAGAAAUAGACUGAAAAAUGCAUCUUUUAUUAGACUAGGUGAGGAGAAAUGAAGUAGAGAACAUAUAUCGACUGAACAAAUUUCUGUACCCGAUCUCAUAAAUACUUGUAGAAUUCUGUGCAAAACCAUAUUCAAUAAAAAGUCGUAAGCAAUCCUUUAAACCC